UCUAGUCAAUUGACUUGCGAGAGCUUUCAGUAGAACGGCAUUAGUGUUUCUACCACCGCUUGAGCUUUAUUUUUUGAUUAGUUCAGUGCAGAUGAAGAUGAAGAUGUGGCUCUUUGUUGUCUCUGUGCUGCUGGUCAUCGAUUUUCCAAUCAUCAAGACCGAGGUUGUAAAUUCAUUUGAAAAAUGCAAAAAUUACUUUUUAAAUGAACAGCCUCCAGUGAUUCCGGGCAUUCUGAACAAUUCAGACUCAACGGGGAACAAUCGCUACAAACAAAUCUGUCAAAAAUAUAAAAACGCUUACAGGUUUGCGACUCUCUACGACACCGAAAAUAAGAUCCCCGUUUUCUCAGCCUACAUAUACGAGGGAAAGAAAGAAAAUUUCACAAGACCAAACCCGAAAUGGAUGAUUGAGUCUGAGCUCGAAUCUCCUGUUGCUGAGAUGACUGUCCUGACGUGUGCAAAUCAGGCCAUCAGAGAAGACUACCGCAACAACAGCUAUAAUGUGGAUCGUGGUCACCUGUUUCCGUCCUGUCAUGCAGCUAAUAAAGUCACUGCUAAAUCUACAUUCACACUGACCAAUGUAGUGCCACAGAAGAUCAGUUUUAACGGUGGCAGUUGGAGUCGCAUGGAAGAGAAGACCAAAAAUAUCAUGGAUACGUGCAUAAAUAGCAAUAAUAAUGUUUCAGCUCAUGUGCUGACUGGAGCAAUACCUGGCGAAAUUAAACUGAAUAAAAAAGUGAACAUUCCUCUUUACCUGUGGAUGGCAUUUUGCUGCUACAACAAAACAGAAGAAAAAUGGGUCUCCCAAGCUUAUUGGGCCGAAAACAUUGAAGAAAACCCUGUUGACGAAAAAACUAUCGAACAAAAAAGCGUGCGGGAAUUACAAAACUUUUUCAAUGAAACAUGGGUGCCAAAUGUACAGCUGUUUGACAAUUACUGUAAAUAAACAUGAAUAAAUGAUGGCUGAAUAAUCAUUUAUUCUGCUUGUGGGAUUAGAAGUCCGUUAAAAAUGCAUUUGUCGGGCUCUUCCAGAAUCCUAACUUGAUCAUUUCCA